AUGACUUCUUCACCUUUACCAUCUCAUUGGGUUGAAUCUCUUUUUCCUCCUCAGUAUUCUAUUCGUGAUUAUCGCGCUACAUUUCAACCUGAUCAUCAACGUGUACGUCGUUAUAUUACCACAUUAUCAACAUUUGAUGCUCCAACAUUAGCCGCUAUUUAUGAACAAUCUUAUUUAUUUACUCUCAUUCAACGCUUAGCUCAACAAGAAGAAGAUGAAAAAAUCAAAAGUAAAACAAAAACAAAAGCUAAUCAAACUGAACCUGUUGAUUCUGUGCUUGAUAUUCGUCUUAUUCGAGCAUUUCUUGAAAAGCAUAAAGAAAAGGAAGAAAAAACUAAUGAAACUGAAAAUCUUUGGACAUCUGAUGAAAUUUCUAUUAUUCGUUCAGCUUAUAUGAAAGUUCAUGAUGAUUGUUUACGUUUGAAAUCUGAAAAUGAUUAUUAUCGAGAACAACUUGAAAUUUUUAAAAAUAAAUUUAAUGAAACAAAUCAAAUAUUAGAAAAACUUCGAGAAGAACAUUUAUCUCUAAAAAAAACUCAUACACGUUGGACCAUACGAACAAAUUCAUCAGAACAACUUCUUGAAGAACAACGUCAAGAAAAUAAAGAACUUAUUGAACAUAUCGAAAAAUUAACUGAACAAAAUGAAUUCUAUCGUCGUAAUCAUUUACAAAUGCAAACUGGUUUACUUGAAAAACAAUCACGUAUUGACCAGCUUGAAAAAAAAAUUGAUCAUUAUGAUGAAACAAUAAAACGUGAAUGUGAUCGACGUGUUGAUUUAGUUGAAAAACGUGCUCAAGUUGAUAAAGAUCGGUUUAAAAUUGAAACUAAUAAUUUACAAACGAAAUUAGAUAAAGAACUAGAUUUACGAAGACAAAAUUUACUUGCAUUAGAUCAAUUAAGAAAACAUAUGGCUUUAGCAAAUCCCCAAGAGAAUGAACAAUUUUUAUGCGAUAUUAAACAGGUCAAAUAUGUUUGA